GUUAUCUGCCAACGCUUCCUGUUGGCGCAGAGACUUUGCAAACGGUCCCUUGCAAAGCGCCAAGCGCUUCCUUCAAAAAGAGCGGAGGGCGGCGCUUCCCAGGCCGGCGUUCUUCAGAUCUUCACGGGGAGGGUUUUCUUUUUUUAUUUGAUUUUAUUUGUAGCCGGCGCUGGUCAGGAAAUCGAGUGGCUUCCCGGCUGGGGGAUCAUGGAUGCUAUGAUCAGGUUGUAGCUGAGACUCAAGAAGGAUGCCCGCUGGUAUUUUUUGCCCAGUAGACUUUUGGUCCAAAGAAGCAAACCAGAGCAUUCAAGUAGACUUCCUCUUACCAACUGGCGUUUACUUGGCCCUCUCAGUUUCUUGCAAUGCAACUCUCGGCAACAUCAAACAGCUGGUCUGGCACCAUGCCCAGUUUGAGCCCCUCUUCCACAUGCUCAGCGACCCGGAGUCCUACGUCUUCACCUGCUUCAACCAGACGGCAGAGCAGCAGGAGCUGGAGGACGAGCAGCGGCGGCUCUGCGACGUCCAGCCCUUCCUGCCGGUCCUGCGCCUCGUGGCCCGAGAAGGCGACCGCGUGAAAAAGCUGAUCAACUCUCAGAUCAGUCUCCUCAUCGGCAAAGGUCUGCACGAGUUUGACUCUCUGUGUGACCCGGAGGUGAAUGACUUCCGUGCCAAAAUGCACCAAUUUUGCGAGGAAAGAGCUGUCCGGCAGCAACAGCUGAGCUGGAAGGCACGGAUGGAGUACUGUUUCCCUGUGCAACUGGAGCCGUUGUCUGGCAGCCUUGGAAGACGGAGCCCCCUUCGCAUCCCUAACAGGAACAUUUUCGUCAAUGUCAAAUUUGAGUCUGGAGGGGAGAGUUUUACCUUCCAAAUUUCUCCCAAGGAAUUCCCCGUGACGCUGAUGAGCUGUGCUAUCAAGAAGCAAGCCAUCAUUUUUCGGCACCAAAAAAGGAAUAGCCCGGAGGAUUAUGCCCUGCAGGUUAAUGGGAAAUGUGAAUAUCUCUACGGGAACUACCCCUUGUACCAAUUCCAGUACAUCCAUGACUGCUUGAACCGUGGCCUCUUGCCACACCUCACGAUGGUGCACUCCUCUUCCAUCCUGGCUUUGUGGGAAGAACAAACCAAUGGGAUUGUUCACCCCCCUAAAACGGCCCCCAAACCGCCUCCGGUCCCCAAGAAAAAGCCAACCUCCGUAUCUCUGUGGUCGCUUGAGCAGCCUUACUAUAUCGACUUGGUGCAGGGCAGUAAGGUGAAUGCCGAUGAAAGGAUGAAGCUGGUGGUCCAGGCGGGCCUGUACCACGGCCACGAGAUGCUUUGCAAAAUGGUGUCCAGCUCCGAGGCCAACGUUUGCUCGGAGCCUGUGUGGGAGCAGAGGCUGGAAUUUGAGAUCAGUGUCUGUGACCUCCCUCGCAUGGCCCGCCUCUGUCUGGCCCUCUACGCUGUGGUGGAGAAAGCCAAGAAGGCAAGGUCUACCAAGAAGAAGUCCAAGAAAGCUGACUGCCCAAUUGCCUGGGUGAACAUCAUGCUGUUUGACUACCAAGACCAGCUGAAAACUGGGGAGUGCUGCCUGCCUAUGUGGUCGUCAUCUCCAGAUGAGAAGGGAGAGCUAUUAAACCCGACGGGCACUGUCCGGACUAAUCCCAAUACGGAGAGCGCCACAGCCUUGGUCAUCCGCUUCCCCGGCUUUUCGUUGUACCCGGUCUACUAUCCCUCCUUUGAAAAGGUACUGGACCAAGGAGGAAAUGGGCAAUGUCCCUGUUAUAUGGCAGAGGAUCCAGAGGAGAAAACACAGCUGAAGGAGAUCCUGGAACGCAGAUCUCACACCGAACUCUAUGAGCACGAGAAAGACCUUGUGUGGAAGAUGAGGCAUCACAUCCGGGACCAGUACCCAAGCGCUCUGGCGAAGCUGCUGGUCGUAACCAAGUGGAAUAAGCACGAAGAUGUCGCUCAGAUGAUCCACUUGCUGCAGUCCUGGCCAGAGCUGCCUAUCCUCAACACCUUAGAGCUGUUGGAUUUCAGCUUCCCUGAUCGCUACGUGGGCUCCUUCACGAUCAACUCGCUGAAGAAGUUGACAGAUGCCGAAUUGUUCCAGUACCUUCUGCAGCUGGUUCAGGUGCUGAAGUACGAAUCAUAUUUAGACUGUGAAUUAGCCAAGUUCCUGUUGGACAGAGCCUUAUCCAAUCGCAAGAUAGGGCACUUUCUCUUCUGGCACCUCAGAUCAGAAAUGCACGUCCCCUCAGUCGCCUUAAGGUUUGGCCUGAUCUUGGAGGCUUACUGCAGGGGGAGUAACCACCAUAUGAAAGCUCUGAUGCAGCAGAGCGAGGCCCUCAACAAGAUGAAGGCCUUGAACGACAUCGUCAAACUGAGUGCCCUCAAGAACCCCAAGCCUCAAACCAAGGAGUUUAUGCACACCUGCAUACGGCAAGAGACUUACCUGGAGGCCCUCUCCAACCUCCAGUCUCCUUUGAACCCCAGCAUCAUUCUGGCAAAAGUCAGUGUGGAGUUCUGCACUUUCAUGGAUUCGAAGAUGAAGCCCCUGUGGAUCGUGUUUAAUAACGAAGAGAUUGGAGGCACCAAUGUCGGGAUCAUCUUCAAAAAUGGCGACGAUCUUCGUCAGGAUAUGUUGACCCUGCAGAUGAUCCAGCUCAUGGAUAUCCUGUGGAAGAAAGAGGGGCUAGAUCUCAGGAUGACCCCAUAUGGCUGCCUUUCCACGGGAGAGAAGACCGGCCUGAUAGAAGUGGUCAUGGACUCAGACACCAUCGCCAACAUCCAGCUCAACAAGAGCAACAUGGCGGCCACUGCUGCCUUCAAUAAGGAUGCCCUGUUGAAUUGGCUGAAAUCCAAGAACCCAGGUGAUGCGCUGGAGCGAGCCAUUGAAGAAUUCACACUCUCCUGCGCUGGAUACUGUGUGGCCACCUAUGUCCUGGGCAUCGGGGACCGCCACAGUGACAACAUCAUGAUCCGAGAGAACGGCCAGCUCUUUCACAUUGAUUUUGGCCACUUCCUGGGGAACUUCAAGACCAAGUUUGGGAUCAAUCGCGAGCGGGUGCCUUUCAUCUUGACGUACGACUUUGUUCACGUGAUCCAGCAAGGAAAAACGAACAACAGUGAGAAGUUUGAACGAUUCAGAGAGUACUGUGAAAAGGCCUACAUGAUCCUCCGCUGCCACGGCCUCCUCUUCCUGCACCUCUUUGCACUGAUGAAAGCUGCUGGCCUGCCCGAGCUGAGCUGCUCCAAAGACAUCCAGUAUCUCAAGGACUCGUUGGCAUUGGGGAAGACUGAUGAAGAGGCGAGAAAACACUUCCAACUCAAGUUUAAUGAAGCUCUCCGGGAGAGCUGGAAAACCAAAGUGAAUUGGCUGGCCCACAACGUCUCCAAGGAUAACCGGCAGUAGGUGACCGCUUGAGUGUUUUCCUGCUGAAAGCUUCUGCUCGUGCACAACAUCUUGUGUGUGCUCCCACUCACGGACUACAGGAUGAUGUUCUCACCGGGACACUCCACAAGUUCAGGCUUGGAUUGUUCCCUUCUCAGAGCAAGGACUGGGCCAGCGGGGGACUCAACUGUACUUUUCAAGGAUGACUUUCAAAGGUGUGUAUGUGUAUGGUUUGUGUAUUGUGUUAUUUUAUACUGAUAAAGCAACUGUGCUAGAUAUACUUUAACUUGUUCACUGGCUGAACAGAUUUUUGUAGUGCAAAGAAAUCCCAUACCUAAAAAGAGCUGGGCUCUUUAAAUGGAAAAAAAGGGAGGAUUUGGUAUGGUGCCUUUUGUUUUCUUCUUCUUGUUGUAACACACAACUGCACUUCUAUAAAGCCACAGGUGACAAUGACUGCCAAGAUGCUAACCUGCAGGGUUGUAGUGAAGAUCAAACCUUGCAAGUACUGGAUAGUCACUGUAAUAAUUAUUUUUUGUUUAAUGUAUACUUAGCCAAUGACUAAAGAAAAAAGUCUUGAGGUACUACCUAGAAGCUGAUUCUGUACUGUUUUGUUCCCAUGUGGAGUUGAAGCCAAAGAAAUGCAUUUAUAAAGUUGUGUAAAAAACAAAAAGUUUACAUAUAAUUUCAGGUGCUUGUC